CCAAACAUUUCGUUAGCUACAACUCUUAACUGUGGACGAUAUCCUAGUUGGAAUGGACGUGGUUUCCUAUCGAUCCAACGUGUUCCUAGUUAAAUUCCUAUUGGCCGGCAAAUGGUACAUUGUACAUACUUUGGUAGCAUUGAUGAAACCCAAUCAUACACUAGUCACGGCAUUAGUAUAGCUCUAUAAAAUAAGUCUACGCUAUGGAAGAAACUUACUUUAUUAACGGGAGAUUCGCGGAAAACAGACAAAGCUCCCCUAUUUCAAGGUGUAUUAUUUUUACAAGCCGCCAGUGUUGACAUUUUAAAAGUAGCUGAGUAAUAGACUAGCUGGAUUAGAUUUCUGAAUCACUCUCUCUGAUACUUUAUCAUCCACGGAAACUCCGAUGUUUAGUGUUGAUGUUCUAUAAUCUAUGUGAGAAUGCGGCAAUGUAGACAGUGGAUAGAGGCCUUUACAAGCAGAAAGAAGUGGGAUGCUAGAAGUUUACAAGAUACACAGUUAAACAGAUGUCUUAGUCUACUUGAUCUGGUUGGUCUGGGUAUAUUCAGUACAAGUGGUAUAGGAAUAUAUGUAUUAUCAGCAUAUAUUGCUCGUGUAGAUUCUGGACCAUCAGCCGUUUUAUCUGUUAUCAUAGCAGGAGUGGCCGCAUUAUUAUCAGCAUUAUGCCAGGCAGAAUUAGCAACCAGACUUCCUCGUGCAGGAGCUGGAUAUGUCUACACUUAUGCCACUUUGGGCGAGUUAUGUGCCUUUGUUGUUGGAUGGAAUAACUUGUUGGAACAUAUGUUAGGUGCUGCAGUUGCUGCCAAGGCAUGGGUUCAUUAUUUGGAUAAUAUGGUCAAUGGAACGAUUAAAGGUCACAUGAGUGAAACCAUUACGUGGCACCAACAAUCAUGGAUCCUGGAAGAAACACCUGAUAUUCCCGCUGCACUUGUUGUCUUGGUUUCAACAUUAUUCCUAUUACUUAGUGUAAAGGUUUAUGCUGUCAUAGUUUUUAUACUGGGUGUGUGUAGCUCAUUGGUGAUUAUUUCUUUUGUUUGUGUGGGCUUCUUCCAUGUUCAGUCUGACAACUGGACACAUCCACCGGGUUUCUUUCCAAAUGGAUUUUCGGGGACUUUAACAGGAGCCGCCUUGGUGAUGUUCGGGUUUUCCGGAAUAGACAUUGUGGUAACUUCAAUUGAAGAAUCGAAAAACAGCACAAAAACCGUCCCAACAGCGGUGGUAUUGACACUAACUUUGUGUUUUGUGGUAUAUUUUGGUGUGACAGCGGCAUUAACUCUUGCUUUUCCCUGGCAUUUUCUAUCAGAAACGGCAGCCCUUGCUAAAGCUUUUGAAGACAAACAUAUCUUUGCGUCCACAUACGUUGUGGGUGUUGGUGCGUUAUUUGGUCUGAUAUGUUCUGUGUCGGGCUCUCUUUACUCCAUUCCUCGUCUUGUGCAUUCUAUGGGAAAGGAUAACCUUCUACCACAGUGGAUGUCGAGAGUAAAUAACAUAUCAUCUUUACCCAUCGCUCCGGCUCUUAUAUUUGGGGUCAUCGCAUCUGUGCUUGCCUGUGUUUUAAAAUUUGAAAGUACAAUACAAAUGUUUUCCAUUUCAACUAUAUUUGGAUUCACGCUAAGUGCUUUCUGUGUUCUAUGCCUUAGAUAUCAGACCGGCUAUGUGGGAUUAUACCGCGAAUAUUGUGAUCCGUCAGACGUACCCAUAUGUCACCUGCACUCGCAUCUACCUAGCCAUUUCAACAGACCUCCACCACGACUGGAAAUCAUGGCCAAUGGUGAUAUGAAAAUGCAUUACUCGGAGAUGCGUGCCAGUCGGUCUGAUGGGUGUCUUUAUUGUGAAGAAUCAGGGUUUGAAUGUUCUUCCAAGUCAUACAAUCAACUGCCUGUACCCGGAGAAUUGACGGAGAGGACCGGUUUUUAUCACGAAUCGCAGUGUUAUGACACCACUGUAAAACCAACAGUAUCUCGCUCCAGUCUAAACAGCCUUAUAAAAUUGCCUAGUGACACUCUUUUAGAUCCAAACGAUUCCACAUGGAAAUCAACUGUGGUAUCUAUAGUGGUUUUCACAGUUUCUGCUACUUUAAUGUGUUCUUCGUGUGUAGCUAUCUCGCUAGAAGGGACUUCUGGUACCUGGUGGGCUAUCACAAUAAUAUCUAUGUGUUCCGUGUUUAUGGUUACUUCAGCAUUGGUCAUAGCCAAGCAACCCCAGAAUAAGACGAAAUUGUAUUUCAGUGUACCUUACGUGCCACUCGUUCCAUUAUUAUGUAUAACAAUAAACAUGUUUCUGAUGUCAGCCUUACCAGCCAUGUCCUGGAUACGAUUUACAAUAUGGAUAGCAUUAGGCUUGGUGGUAUAUCUUGGAUAUGGAGUGAGAAAAAGUAAUGAACGAUUGCUGGAUGACCAAGAAGUAGUUCUUUAUGAUAUUACAAAUCCAUCAUUCUGUGCGUCUGGUUGAAAGUGUAUAUCUUUUAGCCUAUGUGAUCGUUUUUUGCCGUAGCACUCAUCCGUUGGGCGGUCGUCAACACUUUCUUGUGAACACUCUAUGAAGUUAUCCGACCGUUUCAAAAUGUAUAUAUACAUUGUUAGCGUUACUGAAUUUUAAAAACUUCCAAAUUUGUAGAUGUUGGUUACUCUGCAGAAUGAUUUCCACACCCUGCUUAUUCUUUGUUCAGAUUUAUGAGACGGGCUAGCCUAUCCAAUUAAACAUUUACGUUAAUUACUUCCAGAGUUAUGGUCCUUGUGGACUGGUUUGGAAUCUUAUUGGCGCUCCAUUAACUUAUCCGAUCUGCUUGAAAUGUAUAUUAUUUCUGAUUUAUAUUCGUCAUGUUCUUCAAUUUACAUUUUUUAUUUCGAAUUAUCGCGAAAAAUAAGUGUAAAACCUAGAGUAAUGUCUUGUAAUAAUAUACACUUUGCUUUUUAUUUACUUAAAAAAUCAUAAUGUGAAAACAUCUACUGACUACCCAGACGACUUAGCUGCUGUUGGUGUAUUCUUCGUUGUAUGGCAACCUAACUUUAUCAAUUUAUCUUGUACACAUAUAACCGGAAUUCAAUUAGAAAAUAAGAGUGAGAGAGAUGGAGAAAUUGGGUUUAACGUCCACUCGACACAAACUAGGUCAUUUCCGGACUAACACAUGGUUCAAUUUUAUUUCAACAAUUCGCUUGCGUGUAGGGGUAUUUAGCAGUGGGAGGAAACCGGCGGACCCGGAGAAAACCCACUAAGUUGUGCAGGCGACCCUACUUUCACGCACAACCGCAGAAUCGAAACCACGCCAGUUGACUCAAUGACAGACCUUAUGAUAUGAAAAUAAGAAUGAAAAAAGUGAAUAAGUUCGGAAAUAUAUGUUAUAGUUUAGUGAAAGAACAACCCAAAAGGUUAGGAUCAUAUCAAUAUAACAUCUCUUUCAUUUUCAAACCAUAAGUUAAUCUUUGCUUUCUAUCAUAACGGCUUGCAAGCUACAUCAGCAAUUCAGACUAAAUCUUGUUUUUAAAUCCAUCUACCAAGUGAUCUUUUAGUCAUUUUUCCAAUGUACCCAGUUUACGUCGUUCUUAUAGAAAAAGUUAAAUUGUUGCAACUCGUUUUCGAGAUUCUAGAUCCCAGCAACAAAGAAUAUAAAAAUAAUAUCACGUGUUUAUCUAUUUGAAUUACUAUUAGUACUCGAAUACCCGAAAGUCGUUACUUAAUAACGUUUUGGGUUGGCUUUCUAUUAUUUUUUUAUUUGUUUUUUAAACCAAAAAUCAUACAAAUUUCUGAGUUUUCACAUGUGUAUAUAAAUGCUUCAAUCAAAGAACCACACACACAAAUAAUUAUGAACCAAUUUAACCCCGAGACAAAUGACAUUGUGAGCAUGUCGAUGAAAAAAUAGAUGAAAUUCAUGAAUAAAAUCCGAGAAUUAAUUACAAUGUUUUUACCCUUCAGAAAAAUUCCUCUUGGAUCAUGUUGACUUAUUUGUUCCACAAAGCAGACGAUGUAAUUAGUGGGAAAAUAUGGUUGAACUAUACAAAAUCAGCAACUUAUUAGAGCUCAGCUUAUCUAUGUCGUAUAGGGUACAAUGAAAAAAUUAGAAUCGCCCCAGGCUCAUCGUUAAAUCAUAGAACUAGAAGCCCAUGGCGGUGCUGUUUUUAGACAAAACUAUUAUAAAUAAGCAAGUGAUAUUUAAAUGAACGAUGUAUAUAUAUUGUAUAUAAUUGAUGUGUAAAGAGUUUCUAAUUAUAAAACAUUU